UCCAACAUAUUAAUUUUCCUGGAAAAACUGAGCUUGGUGAACCGUCCAUGUGUACCGUGAUUCAUGUGAAUCGCAAGGCUCCUCUCUCUCUCUACUUUCUCUCUCUUCUCUCAAUCAGAAAGAAAGAGAAUUGAAAGUGACGAAAGGGAGAAAUGGGUCUGCUUCUUCUUCUGAUGCUUGUCUUCUCGAUGUGAUUAACCCAGCCUUUUAAAAGGGCGUGCAAUACAAGAUUGAUAAGAGUUCAGAAUUUAGAAGAAAGAAAACAUUUUUUUUUUGUUUUCUCUGUUUUUGUUUGGUUUUGAUUUGAGGUGAUGAAGAACGAGCAUCAAACGACGGCCCUUUUCGGGAUUUCACUCACGGACAGGCCUAAAUGGCAACAGUUCAUCAUCUGCUCUUCUGGCUUCUUCUUUGGCUACCUCAUUAAUGGCGUUUGCGAGGAAUACGUUUACAAUCGGCUUCAAUUCAGCUAUGGGUGGUACUUCACUUUUGUGCAAGGAUUUGUGUAUAUCAUGCUCAUAUACCUCCAAGGUUUCACCACCAAGCAAAUGGUCAACUCAUGGAACACAUAUGUCAAGCUCUCUGCUGUUUUAAUGGGGUCUCAAGGACUCACCAAAGGGUCCUUGGCUUUUCUCAACUACCCGGCUCAGAUCAUGUUCAAAUCCACAAAGGUAUUACCUGUUAUGGUCAUGGGUGCUUUCAUUCCAGGAUUGAGAAGAAAAUACCCACUUCAUGAAUACGUCUCUGCUAUGCUUCUAGUGAUAGGUCUAAUACUUUUCACCUUAGCUGAUGCUCAGACAUCUCCCGAAUUUCACAUUUUCGGUGUUGUGAUGAUCUCGGGUGCUCUUAUCAUGGAUGCUUUUGUGGGGAAUUUGCAAGAGGCAAUCUUUACCUUAAACCCAGAUACCACACAGAUGGAGAUGUUGUUCUGCUCAACAGUAGUUGGGUUGCCUUUCUUGCUUCCACCUAUGAUUCUAACAGGAGAGCUACUUAAGGCCUGGAAUUCUUGUUCUGAGCAUCCUUAUGUUUACGGGGUGUUGGUGUUCGAAGCCAUGGCGACAUACAUCGGUCAAGUGUCUGUACUAUCCCUCGUCGCUCUUUUCGGUGCUGCCACCACUGCCAUGAUUACAACGGCUAGAAAGGCUGUCACUUUGUUGCUUUCAUACAUGAUAUUUACAAAGCCCUUGACUGACCAACAUGGGAUAGGACUUUUACUCAUAUCCAUGGGAAUCAUGCUAAAGAUGGUCCCGGAAAACAAAAUCCCCACUUGGAAUACAAUUCAAUAUUCUAUUGCCAAGCAUUCAAAAUCCACUUCCAAAACAGAAAACCAAGAAAGUUUUGAAGAUGAUGAGGAGAAAAGAGCCUUGGUGUAAAAGAUCAAUGUUGCAGACUUAUUCACUAUCCGUUUUUUUUUUUUUGCUUUGCUUUUGUAGUUCUCUUUUACUUUUGUUUCAAGGUUCCUAGAAAUUUUCUCAGGCAUUUGUUUAUAUGUUUUGGUGCAUAGGGUAGGAGGAGAAGAGAGAAUUUUAUUUUAUUUUUAUUUUAUUUUUAUUUUAUUUUAUUUGUAAUUGUAUUUGGGUUUUCACAAGGAACUUUUGCAGUUGCAG